AUGACUACUGGGUUUUAUUUGGAAAAAGGUGACCAACAUAAACAGAAAUUCGUUUUUCUAGAAGUCACAGAUAGAGAUCAAAUAGUUACAUUUUUGGGACAACAAAGGCUUUAUCUAAAAGUUGAGGUUAAGGAUGAUAUUGUUGAAGAUGAAAGUAAUCCAAAAGUUGAUAAAAGUAAUCCAAAGGUUUAUGUUCAAAAGCUUUAUAUUUGGUUCAUCCGCAGUAUUUAUAAGAAUUUAAAUAAGCUUAAACGGAAUAAGGAUCUAACAAAUGAAGAAAACAAUAAAAUAAGUGAUCUGAACAAUGAUCUGAAAAAGCUGAAAAAUGAAGAGGAUGUAGAAACGUUGGUUACCGGAAUUCGCAAGGAAACAAUAAGCUUGAAUUAUAAAGAUGAAUUUAGUAAAUUUAUUAAAAUUAUCAAAAACAUUCCUAAAUAUAAAUGCAUAAGACCAAAAGAUGAAGCAAACAUUGCUGAAAAUUGUCUGAAGGAACCAAAAGUUUACGUGAAUGUUCUUGAAACUGGUUUAUUUCAAUAUCUGACCUAUUCCCAUCGAUCAUCCAUUAAAUUUAAUACGCUUGGAUAUGGCUACGGAUACGUCAAUAAUGAAAACAAAGAAAACAAAGAAAUUAAUGAAAACGAUGACAUUAAAAAGAACAACCACAUAAAUGAAAACAAAGAAAACAAAGAAAUUAAUGAAAACGAUGACAUUAAAAAGAACAAACACAUAAAUGAAAAAAAAGAAACUAAAAGUGUUUACAAAAUUAUAUUCAUAAAAGAGGAGGAAAAAAAAUUUGAGUGGUUUGUAAUUCCUUCUGCCUUCGAAUAUAAACACAAUAUUGUAACCGGUGACGAUGUUAAAAACCUUGAAGGACUGUUUACAAAUUAUACCCAAACAAAACAAAGUGGUCAAUAA